UAGACGGAGCUGCGCAGCCGACGCCAAACGAAAGUACACAAAAAAAGUUGGUAGCUGAUGGAAGAAGAAGAGGCAAAAGAAAUAGAUUCGAAUUAGAGAGGAACAUAAUCUAAAUCUAAGCGCAUUUCUUGUUCUGCAUUGCAAAAAAAACAAACAAGCAACAAAAAACAAUAACAACCACAACAACAAUAGUAAUAAGCAAUUGCAGCAGCAACAACAAACAACCAAGAACGCGACUCAGCAACGCUGUGGCAAGUUUGUUGUUUUCGUUUGUGUUUCGUUUUCGCGUGGCGCGUGUAAAUAAAACCAAGCGACACAUUUUUUUGCACAUUUUUUUUCGUGUGUUUUAACUGUACAACAAAAACAACAAGAGUUAUAUUAACAACAACAACAACAACAACAAUAUCAGGAGGAGUGGCUAAGCAAGAAAAAGAGGUGAAUUAAAGUGCGUGGACCAAACAAAAAUAUAAACAAAAGCCACAACCACAACAGAGACCUGCCCCCACAGCCAACAACAAUUUUUGGGCAUUAUUCAGCAGCAGGAAGAGCGCCGACAGCGCCGGACAAGCAUUGGAGACUCUGCUGCUUUCGUGCACGUUUCGUUUACGGAGUUAAUCAGCUUGAGCUGCAGCCUUUGAAGAACCCCAAUACGCUUAUAAUGAAAUACUGAGCCAAAAAAUAAACAAAAAAAUUCAUUUUUUGAGCGCAAUCUGCAAACGAACUCAGCGAAGACUUAAACACCAAUUAGUUUAAUAAAUGUCUAGGGACAACCAUGUGACCCGAAAACAAUCGCAUAUAUGCAAAUGAGACAUGUGCGUAACAUGUGUCUAAAUAGCCAAGAAGAAGAAGCAGCAGCAGCAGCAAUACAUAGAAACAUAACAUAAAAAGUUCAAUAGUCGGUUCCUACUUACACAUACUCGUAGACGUAUGUGUAGGAACGAUACAAUUUCCAUUACAAACCAUAACAGCAGCAGCAAGUGCAACAACAAAUUGUAAAUAAUGACAAAGAAAUACGAGUUCGAUUGGAUCAUACCCGUGCCGGAGGAGCUAACGACCGGCUGUGUCUUCGAUCGCUGGUUCGAGAACGAGAAGGAAACCAAAGAGAAUGACUUCGAGAAGGAUGCCUUAUUCAAGGUCGAUGAGUACGGGUUCUUUCUCUACUGGAAGAGCGAGGGCCGGGAUGGCGACGUCAUCGAGCUCUGUCAAGUGAGCGACAUUCGAGCGGGCGGCACACCAAAGGAUCCAAAGAUACUCGAUAAAGUGACCAAAAAGAAUGGCACCAAUAUUCCCGAACUGGACAAACGUUCGCUAACCAUAUGCUCGAAUACGGAUUAUAUCAAUAUAACAUAUCAUCAUGUUAUUUGUCCAGAUGCGGCGACAGCUAAGAUCUGGUUAGAUGGCAUACGAAAAAUUACACAUAAUGUCAAAGCGAACAAUAUCUGUCCCAUGAUGUGUCUGAGAAAACAUUGGAUGCGUUUGAGUUACUGCGUGGAGAAGAGCGGCAAGAUUCCUGUAAAGACGUUGGCCAAAACAUUUGCAUCUGGUAAAACCGAGAAGCUGGUCUACACCUGCAUCAAAGAUGCGGGUCUGCCCGAUGAUAAGAGUGGCACCAUGACGAAGGAACAAUUUACUUUCGAUAAGUUCUAUGCCCUCUACCACAAGGUGUGUCCCCGUAACGACAUCGAGGAGCUGUUCACAUCGAUCACCAAGGGCAAACAGGACUUCAUCAGCCUGGAACAGUUUGUGCAAUUCAUGAACGAAAAGCAGCGCGAUCCGCGCAUGAAUGAAAUUCUAUUUCCGCUCUACGAGGAGAAACGUUGCACGGAGAUUAUCAAUGACUAUGAAUUGGACGAGGAGAAAAAGAAGAACGUGCAAAUGUCUUUGGACGGCUUCAAACGUUAUCUCAUGUCCGAUGAGAACGCGCCAGUAUUUUUGGAUCGCCUAGACUUCUACAUGGAAAUGGAUCAGCCGUUGGCACAUUACUAUAUAAAUAGCUCGCAUAACACCUAUUUGUCGGGCCGACAGAUCGGCGGCAAGAGCUCGGUGGAGAUGUAUCGCCAAACACUACUAGCAGGCUGUCGCUGUGUGGAGCUCGACUGUUGGAAUGGAAAGGGCGAAGACGAGGAACCGAUCGUUACCCACGGUCACGCCUACUGCACUGAGAUCUUGUUCAAGGAUUGCAUACAAGCCAUAGCGGACUGCGCCUUCGUUUCGUCCGAGUACCCGGUUAUAUUGUCCUUUGAGAACCAUUGCAAUCGUGCCCAGCAAUACAAACUAGCGAAAUACUGUGAUGACUUCUUUGGUGAACUGCUGCUGAAGGAGCCGCUGUCCGAUCAUCCGCUCGAACCUGGUUUGCCACUCCCACCGCCGUGCAAGUUGAAGCGCAAGAUACUCAUCAAGAACAAACGCAUGAAGCCCGAGGUCGAGAAGGUCGAGCUGGACCUGUGGCUCAAAGGCGAGCUGAAGACCGACGAUGAUCCCGAGGAGGAUGCCAGUGCUGGCAAGCCACCGGAAGCUGCUGCAGCCCCGGCUCCGGUCCCCGAUGCUGCUGCCGCCGGCGCGGAUGCGGCUGCCGAGGGCGGUGGCGGUGCUGAGGCAGAAGCUGCUGCCGCCAACUACAGCGGUUCCACAACCAAUGUGCAUCCAUGGCUCUCAUCUAUGGUCAAUUAUGCGCAGCCCAUUAAGUUCCAGGGCUUCGACAAGGCAAUUGAGAAAAAUAUUGCCCACAACAUGUCCUCGUUUGCGGAAUCGGCGGGCAUGAACUAUCUGAAGCAAAGCUCCAUCGACUUUGUCAAUUACAACAAGCGCCAGAUGUCCCGCAUCUACCCGAAGGGCACACGCGCCGAUUCCUCCAACUAUAUGCCGCAGGUCUUCUGGAAUGCCGGCUGCCAGAUGGUGUCGCUGAACUUCCAGACAUCCGAUCUACCGAUGCAGCUCAACCAGGGCAAGUUCGAAUAUAAUGGCGGUUGCGGCUAUCUGCUGAAGCCCGACUUUAUGCGACGCGCCGACAAGGACUUCGAUCCGUUCGCCGAUGCCCCCGUGGAUGGUGUGAUUGCGGCCCAGUGUUCGGUGAAGGUAAUUGCCGGUCAAUUCUUGUCGGACAAGAAGGUCGGCACCUAUGUGGAGGUGGACAUGUUUGGUCUACCCUCGGACACGGUCAAGAAAGAGUUCCGCACCCGUCUGGUGCCGAACAACGGCCUGAAUCCGGUCUACAAUGAGGACGCCUUCGUCUUCCGCAAGGUGGUGUUGCCGGAUCUGGCAGUGUUGCGCUUCGGCGUCUAUGAGGAGAGCGGAAAAAUGAUUGGGCAACGCAUAUUGCCGCUGGACGGUUUACAGGCGGGCUACCGCCACGUCUCGCUCCGCACAGAAGCGAACUUCCCGAUGUCACUCCCCAUGUUGUUUGUCAACAUCGAGCUAAAGAUUUAUGUACCUGAUGGUUUUGAGGAUUUCAUGGCCAUGUUAUCGGAUCCGCGUGGCUUCGCUGGCGCGGCCAAGCAGCAAAACGAACAAAUGAAGGCGCUGGGCAUUGAGGAGCAGAGCGGUGGGGCCGCUCGCGAUGCUGGCAAGGCCAAGGAGGAGGAGAAGAAGGAGCCUCCACUUGUCUUCGAGCCGGUGACACUGGAGUCGCUGCGCCAGGAGAAGGGUUUCCAGAAGGUGGGCAAGAAACAGAUCAAGGAGCUGGACACGCUCCGCAAGAAGCACGCCAAGGAGCGUACAUCGGUGCAGAAGAUGCAGAACGCAGCCAUCGAUAAGCUGAUCAAGGGAAAGAGCAAAGACGAUAUUCGCAACGAUGCCAAUAUCAAGAACGCCAUCAACGAUCAGACCAAACAGUGGACCGACAUGAUUGCGCGCCAUCGCAAGGAGGAGUGGGACAUGUUGCGCCAGCACGUGCAGGACUCCCAGGACGCCAUGAAGGCGCUCAUGCUGACCGUACAGGCGGCGCAGAUCAAGCAGCUCGAGGACCGUCAUGCCAGAGAUAUAAAAGAACUUAAUGCCAAGCAGGCCAAAACAUCCGCGGAUACAGCCAAGGAGGUCCAGAAUGACAAGACGCUGAAAACUAAGAACGAGAAGGAUCGUCGCUUGCGCGAAAAGCGUCAGAACAAUGUCAAGCGUUUUAUGGAGGAGAAGAAGCAAAUCGGCGUAAAGCAGGGACGCGCCAUGGAGAAAUUGAAAUUGGCGCAUGCUAAGCAAGUCGAGGAAUUUAGUACCGACGUGCAAAAGCUAAUGGAUAUGUACAAAAUCGAGGAGGAGGCCUACAAAACCCAAGGAAAAACGGAAUUCUAUGCCUAAAGAAAUGCAUGAAAACUAAAACUAAACCCAAGCAGCACCCACGUUUAAAACGAUAGCUAAACAUAAACAUAAAUACAUUAAAUACAUUACAUACAUAUAU